GAGGCGGCGGCGGCGCGGGCAGCGGCGGCGGCGGCAGCAGCGGCAGGCGGGGUCGGUGCCAUGGCGGAGAGCGACUGGGACACGGUCACGGUGCUGCGCAAGAAGGGCCCGAGCGCGGCCCAGGCCAAGUCCAAGCAGGCGAUCCUGGCCGCUCAGAGGCGAGGGGAGGAUGUGGAGACCUCCAAGAAGUGGGCAGCAGGCCAAAACAAACAACACUUUAUUACAAAGAACACAGCCAAGCUAGACCGAGAAACAGAAGAGCUGCACCACGACAGAGUUCCCCUGGAGGUGGGCAAAGUAAUCCAGCAGGGUCGACAGAGCAAGGGCAUGACCCAGAAGGACUUGGCUACAAAAAUCAAUGAAAAACCGCAAGUUAUUGCUGACUAUGAAUCGGGGAGAGCAAUCCCUAAUAACCAGGUUAUGGGCAAGAUUGAAAGAGCCAUUGGCCUUAAACUACGUGGGAAAGACAUUGGAAAACCACUCGAAACUGGCCCCAAAGGGAAAUGAAAACAAAGCCUCGAAAUCAGUUUGUUCAGACUGAUCUCGUCUGGCUGGUUCUUCUUAACCACCAGAAUUUCUCAUCGUAUUGCCAAGCUGAACAAGAGGGUUUCAGACUUGCUUUGGGGGGGAAAUCUGCCGAAUCUGUACUUGCUGUAAAAAGGCAACCUUAAAGAAGCGAUUUUCCUGAUUUUGUUUUUCCUUCCUCCUUUCCAGAGAUUGAGGAACUAAACCCCCAAAAUACUGCAUCUAAUUUGCCAGAAAACAUGUGCGUCUUGGUGUUCAGAAGCAGCUAAUAUUAAGACACUUGGGGUGAUCUGAAAUGAGAUUGUUUAAUUGGAGCAAUUUUGGGGGAGGGUGGGAUAUAUUAUAUAUAAAUAGUUUGGGAGAGUUGGGGGUUGAUCGGUGUCUGCAUUUGAAAUGAAUGACUCAGUCACUGCAUUGCAAUGACAUUUUUGUUCGUUCCUUCCAGCCUGUUUUAAAGAGAUCUAUAAUAAAGUUUGAUACCCUUCCGUUGCA